AUGAAAGAUGUUUUCAAUAUGGAUGAAACUGGGUUGUUUUAUAGGCUACAAGUUAAUCAUUCACUAGCAACAAAACAACUUGAAGAAAGAAAACAAGAUAAAGAAAGGCUGACGGUAGUUAUUUGUUGGAAUGAAGAUGGCUUUGAAAAAAUCUCUUUAUGGAUUAUUGGGAAAUAUGGAAAGCCUCGUUGCUUCAAGAAUGUCAACAUGAAUAGCUUGGAUUGUCAGUAUCGAGCUAACAAAAAAGCGUGGAUGACUAGUGUGCUUUUUGAUGAAUAUGUUCAUUCAUUUGACCAAAUGAUACAUGGUAGAAGAGUUCUAUUUGUGGUGGAUAAUUGUCCAGCACAUCCAAGAAAUAUUGAAGGGCUAAGAAACGUUGAGUUGUUUUUCUUUCCACCCAACAUGACAUCAAAGAUUCAACCUUGCGAUGUUGGGAUAAUAAGAGCUUUCAAGAUGCAUUACCGUAGAAGGUUUUACCGCAGAAUAUUAGAAGGUUAUGAGGUGGGACAAUCUGAUCCAGGGAAGAUAAAUGUCCUUGAUGCUAUCAAUUUGGCAAUCCCAGCUUGGACGAUAGAUGUUCGAAAAGAAACAAUAGUGAAUUGCUUUCGACACUGUAAAAUUCGUUCAGCUAGUGACGUUGCAAGAAAUUUGGAUGAAUCCACUUUUGAUAAAGAAACUCAAGACCUCGAGACUAUGAUCAACCAAUGUGGCUAUCGUAAUAAGAUGGAUAUCGACAAUCUAAUGAACUACCCAGGUGAAAAUGAAGCAUGUUCGGAGGCUCAGAGUUUAGAAGAUAUUGUGGGUACUAUCAUUGAGAACAAUGCAGAGGAUGACGACGGAGAUGAUACAAUGUCUUUGGAGCUUGUUACGCGAAAGGAAGCACUUAUGGCUUGGAACACUCUUUACAACUUUAUGAUACAAUACAAAAAUACAACACCUGAGCUAUUGGAUGCAAUAAGAAAAGUUAGAGAUGAGCUCCAAAUAGACUUGAACUUUAAAGGAAAACAGACAACUAUUGAAUCAUAUUUCAAUAGAGUGUAA